CUCUCCCUCUGGCUGCUGCUGCUCCGGCCGGCGGGGCCCUCGCAUUCCUGGGCUAUUUUUAGGGUGGCCCUAUCAGCCCAGCUGUCCCCGCUGCCGGCUGCCGCCCCGUUAGUGCCUCUCCCGUGCGGUGCCGCGCUCGCCCCGGCGGAAACCCUUCUCCUUCUCCCUCUGCCAGGGCUGCAGCUCCAUGAGACAUCACCAUGGCGUUCUCAUCCCGGUUUGCGUUCUGGGAGCAGAAGGUCAAGGACGAGGACAAAUCUUUAGCUGUGAAAAGACCCGUGAAGGAGGAUGGGGCUUCAGAGACCCCGAAGGAUGCAGCACCUGCACCCCUGAAAGCUGAGCCCCUGAAAGCUGAACCCCCAAAACCUGAGCCUGUGAAGAGCCCUAAACCCGCGAAGAACCCUGAGCCACCUCCUGGGAGAGGGAAGAGCCCAGAGCCGGUGCUGAACGGGGCAGCAGAGAAUGGGCUGGAGGGCCCAGCCCCCGAGGCACAGGGAGAUGACGGCCAGGGGCUGUCCCGCCGCAAGGUGGUCCGGGUGGUGCGCAAGGUGGUCCGCAAAGUCCUGCCAGGGGAGGACGCUGGCAGUGCCAAGGAGCCAGGCCGAGAUGCCAAGUCUCCCGAGCCAGUGCCACCCCCGAGGAAGGAGGAAGCAGGGCGUACCGCUGUCCCAGCUCCCCCAGCCCCGCCACCUCCCCCCGCCGUGCUGCCUUCAGCCCCUGCCAAGCCGGAACCCAAGGAUGAGAUCUCAGAGGGGCUCAAAACCCUCAUGGCCAAGGGCAAAACCAAGGAGCACCGGCCACGGCUCCGGCCGGGGGACAGGCAGGAGAAGCCCCGUGAGCCUGCUGGUGGGGACACAAAGCUGUCCCCGUCCCCGAGCGCUGAAGCCAAACCAGAGUCACCAGUGCAGCUUUCAGGAGGGAAAGCGGAGCCGGCAAAGGCAUCUGCUCUGAAACCCACGGCCCUGGAGAGGCACAAGAAGCUGCAGAGCAGUGAGAAGCGGCAGACCCCUGUGAAAAAUGCCCCGGCUGCCCCCCAGCAGGUGUGUAGGAGUGGUGACACAGGUCCCUGGACACUGUGGGUACGCACUGGUACCCAGCUGUGCCUUCACCCUGGGACCCGCCCCAGGCACUGAUGGGCUGCAGGGCUGGGAAAGCCUUUGCA